CCUCUUCCUCUGUGGCGGGAAUCAAAUCAUUUCUCUCUUAAACUCGCAUUUAUCGCCAUGAUUCUCAAUUUCUCUAUCUUCACCCUCUUCCUCUCUAUCUUCACCUCCUCAGCCAACGCCGAGGCGACCCUCUCCGUUUCCCCCAACACUCUGAAACGAUCUGGCGAUAACGUCACCAUCCAAUGGUCCGACGUGGACUCUCCUUCCGAUCUCGACUGGCUAGGCAUCUACUCGCCGCGGGACUCUCCUCACGACCACUUCAUCGGCUACAAAUUCCUCAACGCUUCGCCGACUUCCAAAUCCGGUUACGGAUCGAUCACCCUCCCCCUCACCAAUCUCCGAUCGGAUUACACCUUCCGGAUCUUCCGGUGGACGCAGUCGGAGAUCGACACGAAGCACUUGGAUCACGAUCAGAAUCCUUUGCCUGGAACGAAGCAUCUUUUGGCUGAGUCGGAGAAGGUGACUUUUGGAUCGGCGGUGGAUAAGGCGGAGCAGAUCCAUUUGGCGUUCGAGAAUAAGCCUAACAGGAUGCAGGUUACGUUCGUUGCCGGGGAUGGUGACGAACGGUUUGUGAGAUACGGAGAGACUAAGGAUUUGUUGGGAAACUCCGCGGCGGCGCGUGGGAUUAGGUAUGAUAGAGAGCAGAUGUGCAAUGCUCCGGCUAAUUCCAGCAUCGGCUGGAGAGAUCCCGGUUGGAUUUUUCAUACCGUUUUGAAGAAUUUGAAUCCGGCCGUUAGGAACUACUAUCAGAUUGGGAGUGAAGCAAAGGGAUGGAGCGAGAUCUACAGCUUCAUAUCUCGAGACAUGUACGCACAAGAAACCAGAGCUUUCAUAUUUGGAGAUAUGGGUUGCGCUACACCUUACAAAACCUUCAUCCGCACGCAACAAGAGAGUAAAUCAACCGUGAAGUGGAUCCUACGCGACAUCGAAGCUCUUGGUGACAAGCCAUCUUUUAUUUCGCAUAUUGGAGAUAUAAGCUACGCUCGUGGCUACUCGUGGGUGUGGGAUGAGUUCUUUGCUCAGAUCGAGCCUAUUGCCUCCAAAGUUCCUUACCAUGUGUGCAUUGGUAACCACGAGUAUGAUUUCCCCGCUCAGCCUUGGAAGCCUGAUUGGGCAGCUUCUAUUUAUGGAAACGACGGUGGUGGUGAGUGUGGCGUGCCGUAUAGUUUGAAGUUCAACAUGCCUGGGAACUCAACAGAACUCACGGGAACCAACGCUCCUGUGACAAGGAAUCUAUAUUACUCAUAUGAUGCCGGGUCGGUCCAUUUCCUUUCCAUAUCUACCGAGACGAACUUCCUUGAAGGAGGGACUCAGUACGAGUACAUAAAGCGAGAUCUCGAGUCUGUGAACAGGGACAAGACUCCUUUUGUUGUUGUCCAAGGGCACAGACCGAUGUACACCACGAGCAACGAGGUUAGAGACACAACGAUUAGACAAAAGAUGUUGGAGCAUUUAGAACCGCUCUUCGUUAAGAACGAAGUCACGCUUGCUAUAUGGGGACAUGUUCAUAGAUACGAAAGGUUCUGUCCGAUAAGCAACAACACUUGUGGGAAACUGUGGAAAGGAAGCCCGGUUCACCUUGUGGUCGGUAUGGGUGGUCAAGAUUGGCAAUCGGUUUGGGCGGUUAGACCGAACCAUCCGGAUCUUCCUAUAUUCCCUCAGCCUGAAGAGUCAAUGUACCGCACGGGUGAGUUUGGGUACACUCGUCUAGUCGCAAACAAAGACAAGCUCACUGUUUCGUUUGUGGGUAACCACGAUGGAGAAGUUCACGAUACUGUUGAGAUGUUAGCGACUGGUGAAGUAAUCAGCGGGAGCAAAGACGAUGCUAAAAGCUCAAAUACUGCGGCCGCUCCUGCGCCUGUGGAAGUAACCAGUGGGAGUAAAGACGAUACUGAAAACCCAAACGUUCAGACCGUUCCUGCAUCUGCGACAUUUGUGGGAAAAUCUGAAGCUAACGAUGGAUCAUGGUUUAUUAAAGGAGCAGGGUUGAUGGUUAUGGGUGUGGUGUUAGGUUUCAUUGCUGGGUAUUUUACGGGGGUGAAGAAAGGAUCUUCAGCUCGUAACCGUUGGAUCCCAGUCAAGAGCGAGGAGAUAUGAUAUUAAACAAGCGAAUCUAUUUAGGGAGCACGUUUUGUGUAUAGUAUCUUCUUCCCCACGGUAAGAAAGCAUAAGUUUUAGUACAUUAUAAUAAUACUGAUUCUUGUAAGUUUGAAGAGUUGUCCGAGAAUCACUCUACGAUGUUACAGCCUGAAAGGCCUUUUUGGUGUAAAUAUAGAGUUCAUCAUUUUAUUUGAUUUUGGAUAUAGAACAAAUAACAUAUUCUUAUACUAUUAUUUUCUAUUAGCAUUUAAAAAACUUUUGUUUCAUUUUUACUACAUUUUAAAUCACUGAAUUGUCGUGCUACAAAACUUCUUUAUAGAUCAUUGAAUUGCUGAAUAAUGUCCAAACGAGGUUUAUGUUCGAUUUUAGUUUAGUUUUCUUCUUAUGGUUAAAGAAUAUUAUAUCAGUGAUUGGAUUAUAUUUUUAUUCUUAACUUGGAUCAAUCUGCUCUGGUUUUAUUCUUAACUUGGUAGACGAGUUUACAUCAGUUAUUUUUUCAAAAAUAAAAAUUAUAUCAAAAUUUAUGAUUUUUAUGAUCUAUAAAUCGAUAUUACUCUCAUUUCAUUUGGAUAGAGAAAAAACUAUUUUUAUGAUAAUCAACUAUUUAAAUUGUUUUAAAUAAUAUUAAUUAGUGUUAGUAUUAUUUAAAAAAAUAAGAUAGAAAAAAUGUUAUUUUAGUUUUAAGUUAAUUACAAUCAAAUUAUUAAUUUGUAAUUAUUGUAUUGUAAAUGAUAAAUAUAUGAAUUAAAAUAGUGGGGGUGGAGUGUUGAAUUUUUUUAAACAAACCAUUGUAGAAGUUAAAAAUGAAAUAAGUAUUGAAUGAAUUAGGUGGAAGAAAAUGAAGAUGAUGUGAAAUGUUAAAAAUGAAAAAAAAAGUGUUAAAAAUGAAAUGAGUGUUGAAACCAUUGUACAUGGUUUAAAUAUUCUAGAGUUGAUUACAUAAUGGACCACAUUUUGAGUUUUAUUAGCAUUCAGAGACUCUUCCCGCUUGUAGAACACAUUCACGAAGACCAAAAGAGCUUUUGGACUAAUUUGCCCUUGAUGAGAUAAACCGGAAAAAUGGACAAUUUUUGAGUUUAGUCUGACUUUAACGUAUUCUUUCUUAGUCUCCAACCACUUACAAGUUUUUUUUUGUUUCCCUCAACAGAUUUUAUUUAUUAUUGUCUUGUAUUAUGGUAACUAAAUUUGAUAUAUAAUAUACAUAGUAAAUUAUAAUUUUUUUCUUCUAUGUUUUGAGAUCAAUAUGUAUAUAUUUAUUUUGAUAUUUUAAUUUUUUCAAAACUGAAUUAAGUGGACAUAGUAUUAUGGACAAUGUGUUGUGGACGGUACCAUUUGAACACAUUCAUAUUUUUAUUUUUAUAAAAUUUAAAAAUGAAUUAAGUGGACACAAUAUCAUGGAUAAUGUGUUGUGGACGGUGCAAUUUGAAAGAAUGAAUUAUGGAUGGCGUAUAUGUGGAAGUGUACGUUGUGGUUCGUAUAGAUGAUGACCAUGGUCUACUAAAACAACUAACCAUUUACAAAAUAACAUUGGAAAGAAAGACAAACUAAUAUAGUUCAUUUAAAAGAGAAGAACAACAGAUAAUCUUAUAGGACAACAUCGCUCACAACAACUUAACACUCAUGAAAUAGUUUUUGAUACAACAAAACAUAGAUUGAUGAAGUUGUUCCUAGUUUAGGUGUGUGGACAAGGGAAGUGUGGACAGGGGAGUUGGGGAUGACGAUUGUGGACAAGAGAUGUAUGUACGUGGAUGCGUUCGACAAAGGCAUGGAUGGGAGGACUAUGGAGGGCAUGUCUGUGGAGUUGAGCAGAAUAUUUGAAGACCCGUACAUGUCCAAUGUUCAUAUGAUUUGAUAUUUUUGCUGUUUUUUUUUUGUUUCUUUAGUAAUGGCAAAAUCGUAAUUGUGGUCAUCUUCUUCUUCCAAAUUGUUUUACUUCGUCUGUAACACUUUCAUGGCCGACCAUAGAAUAUUGUCACAAUAAAUAAAAAAAUCACGUUGUUCAUGUUGUUUUUGAGUUAAAUUGAUAGAUCUAUU